CCAACUUAUCAGAGGAGCUAAACUCUCGUGGAUUCUUUCAUUUACGGAGUCUCGGCAGGCUGGGUUUUCUACUUUGAACUUCGGCUGCUCUGUCCCCCCACCCCCCUUUGUAGGUGACCAUGGCCGUACCGGCUGCUCUGCUCCCACCAACUCCCCUGGUCCCGCCGCCUCCGAUCUCGAAUCCCUCCGCCACCACGUCCCCGCCGUCGGCAACUUCAUCACCGUCUCCAUCCCUCGCCCCCCCUUCGGGACCCGGACAGAACCUGUUCAGAUCAGAGCUCCUCGCCACCGGCAGCCCCGGCAUCCCGACCGCGGCGCUGCCCCCCAGCAAACCCGUGUACUCGACCCCGUCGCCUGUUGAAAACAUACCGCAAAACAACGAGUGUAAGAUGGUCGAGCUGCGCGGCGCGAAGGUGGCGUCUUUCACCGUGGACGGCUGCGAGCUCAUCUGCCUUCCGCAGGCGUUCGACCUGUUCCUGAAGCACCUGGUCGGCGGACUGCACACGGUCUACACCAAGCUGAAGCGGCUGGAGAUCACGCCGGUGGUGUGCAAUGUGGAGCAGGUCCGCAUCCUCCGAGGGCUCGGCGCCAUCCAACCCGGGGUGAACCGCUGCAAACUCAUCUCCAGAAAGGACUUUGAGACGCUGUACAACGACUGCACCAACGCCAGCUCCAGACCCGGGCGGCCUCCGAAGAGAACCCAGAGUGUCACGUCAACAGAGAACCCCCACAUCAUGCCCCACUCGGUCCCUGGACUCAUGUCACCUGGCAUGAUCCCUCCCACAGGCCUGACAGCAGCCGCCGCGGCAGCUGCCAACGCAGCCAUCGCAGAGGCCAUGAAGGUCAAGAAGAUCAAGCUGGAGGCGAUGAGCAGCUACCACAGCAACGCCAACCACCACGGGGCCGAUGGAGAGAACGGAGACCUCAGCUCCAGCGUCGCUCUAUUCCAGUAUAUGAAAGUCUUAGAACUCCAGCCGGGCACAAACUGCCUGGAACUCCCCUUCAUGAUGAUGCCACACCCCCUGAUUCCAGUCAGCCUGCCCCCAGCCUCUGUCACCAUGGCGAUGAGCCAGAUGAACCACCUCAGUACCAUUGCCAACAUGGCUGCCGCGGCACAGGGCCAAAGCCUCCCCUCCAGAAUGGUCACCUCUGUUAUAAAGGGGUUGCAGGAGCGUGUGCCGGACAGCCCCUCCCCUGCCCCCUCCUUAGAAGACAGCAGGAGGCCGGGCAGUCACCCAUCAUCCCACCGCAGCAGCAGCGUGUCGAGCUCCCCGGCGCACACAGAAAGCUCCUCAGACAGGAUACCUAUUCAUCACAAUGGCUUGUCCAUGAACCAAGCUCUGCUAGGCCUCUCCCCCAACAUCGCACCCGGGCCUAAAGAGGGGGACCUGGCCCACGACAUGAGCCAUGAAGUAAAGAGGAUGCACGCCGACAAAGAAGACAACCCAAUGUGCACCCCGACAGCACGCGACAGCUAUGAGCGGUUGUCAUUGGCUGGACAGGCGCUGCCUCCAGGUUUCCCCUCGCCAUUUCUCUUCCCAGAUGGCUUGUCAUCAAUAGAGACUCUCCUCACCAACAUACAGGGCCUGCUCAAAGUGGCGAUCGACAACGCACGAGCUCAGGAGAAGCAGGUGCAGUUGGAGAAGACAGAGCUGAAGAUGGAGUUGUUCAGAGAGAGGGAGCUCAGGGAGACCCUGGAGAAGCAGCUCGCCGUGGAGCAGAAGAACAGAGCAAUCAUCCAGAAGCGUCUGAAGAAGGAGAAGAAGGCCAAGAGGAAACUCCAGGAGGCUCUGGAAUACGAAUCCAAGAGGAGGGAGCAGGCCGAGCAGAGUCUGAAACAGCCGUCUCCUUCUGACAGCAUGCGCUCGCUCAACGACUCUCUGACCCCUGAGAUGGAGAGUGACCGCAGCAGUGGAAGAACAGAUGCUGAAAGGACAAUACAAGAUGGAAGACUGUUCCUGAAAACCGCAGUGAUGUACUGAUAAGACGGCGAAGGGCUGCAGGAAAGAUUUUCAUUCGACAGGAGAAGCUGCUUAUUGGUGGAUAUCCGCCGAAACGCUGGAGGAGUCUGAAUGUAGAAUAAGAAGUCCUUUUCCUUUGAAAAUCACCGAGGCCAAGGUAAAAAAAAAACAAAAAAAAGAGUGUGAGAAAGCAGCUCGGCCCUCGUGAAGGAUCACCAUAUAACCUGAGCACAGAAAACAUGUACCCGUGGUACAUUCUUGGUAAUAACUCAUAAACCCACAGCACUGAAGAUUUUUAUACUGUAUCUCAGCCAGCGAGAAAGCUUCGAAAAAAAUACUAAAAAAUCCGACUGAAUCUUUGUUUUUGUAUUUCAAAUUGAAUUGUAAGAAGCGGAAAAAGAUGGGGGGGAGGGGAAAAUGUGAAACUGUCCAAAAAAAGAAAAAAAAAAGAGAAAACCAAUGUUUGGUUUUCAUGUUUUCUAAAUUAGAUGACAUUACAAUCAAGUUUCCUUUUUACCGUUGUACAUAGCAAAAGUGAUGAUAGGACAAGACCCAGCAGGAUCCCUAAGGUGUGUGUGUAUAUAACGUUAAGAGGUAUUGUGUAUGCAGUAGAGCUUUUAGGCAAACAAUACCAUCAUUUCUAUAAACCUCCCGUUUUUCUUUUCUUUUCUCUGAGCCAUCGUCUUUUUUCCUAUAGCUGCCAUUUUUUGGUGGGAAAGCAUGCAGGCAUGUAAAUGUUUGUCCUGGAAAUAUGAUAUUUAAUAAAUCCUAUAUUGUGCUGAGCAAAUAUUACAACUCACCCCAAGCCCAGAUGGUUUCCAACCCCGGACGAGGACGUCUCACUUUCAAAACGGACGACUUUUGCUGUUGAUAUUUACUGUAAUCUUUGUAACAGAGGUUAAUAUUUCUUGUACGUUUUUUUGUCACCACUCACUCUCAGACUUCUUCUUUCUUUGUUUCGUUUUAAUCUCCUUUCAAGCGUCUGGUCAAAUGAUCAUUGUGUUUGCCAGCUUGAGAAACAAUCAGUCAAGGAUGCAAGUUUUUCAAAAAAAAGAAUAAAAAAGACAAACUCAUGUAAUGACAGUCCUCCCACCCCUGCUGACCCUAAACAAGUGGACAUUUUUACAGUGUUUCCUGAUAUUCCUCUUUUCCUUCUCUAAAGACUUGUGGUGCUGAAACACCAGUGUAUAUUCUCUAGUCAUGAGCUGAUGUCAGUCCUUCCACUGCAGAACAGUUUCCGUGUGACAGUCCAAAGGGGGAGGAGCCGCGUGCUCACCUUGUGUUUGUUCCUUUCGUUCUCUAUGGAGUGUCUCGGUCUGUUGUCACUGAUAACUUAUAUAGCUUCUCGAAUCAUCUCUUUAUGUACUUCAAAUUCAAAUAAAGUUAACAUGUUGCUGAUAAA